AUGGGUAGAACUCAAUUUCAGACUGUGAGUGAGCGAAUGGGCACUUAUAAGCAAACAAUUCAUAUUCCAGAUGUGGGAUAUGCGACCCUCAAGCAGCAGACACAAAGUGCUCAAAUUGAAGCCGAGACUAAAGUUCAUGUGGAUUCUUUUCCUUAA